GAAAUAAAGUAUGAGAGCUUUUGCUAUUGUUCAGCUGUAUGUAAUAAAUAGCAUGGUAAAGUUAAAAAUGUCUAUUUUUUACAGUUUACAAGAUGACAGAAUACGAAUUGAAAGAAUGAAAAAUGAACAUUUUGAGUAUGGAAGUGCUUUUAAGAUGAUUACAGAUUUCUAUGGCAGUCAAAUACUUGAUGGCACAGGUUCUCAAGCAUUGUCCCAGAUUUUAAAGUUCGAUAAAUCGGUGUUGUGCUCCUUGGCUGCUGUAAUCUUGUACCUUAAAGAAUUUAAUUUAGAGAAGAUACUCUACAACCCCAGUAAUUUUAAGAAGUUAUCAAAUGAAGAUGAAUAUAUGACACUAAAUGGAGCUACGUUAAAGAAUCUUGAAAUCUUGCGGAAUCAAACUGAUAUGAAAACCAAAGGCAGUCUUUUCUUUAUCUUGGAUCAUACAAAAACUCCAUUUGGACGACGAAAACUAAAGAAGUGGGUCACACAGCCUCUCCUGAAAUCCAGUGAAAUUAAUUCCCGACUUGAUGCAGUGUCUGAGAUUCUCUUCUCAGAAUCAAGUGUUCUUGGUCAAAUCAUGUCUCUAUUGCAUAAGGUUCCAGAUGUUGAGAGAGGAAUCUGUAGCAUUUAUCAUAAAAAGUGUUCUGUUCAAGAAUUCUACUUAGUAGUAAACACACUCUCUAACUUGGAAACAGCAGUCAAAGCACUGGUUCCAGCUAUACAAGUUCAAGUACGGGCAUCCUUGCUGCAUAAAAGCCUUUUGGAAAUUCCUGAAUUGCUUAGCUCAACAAAAAAAUAUUUAAGUAAACUUAAUGAAGAAGCAGCAAAAAUUGGGGACAAAACUGAAUUAUUCAAGGAUCUCGAUGAUUUUCCUUUAAUAAGAAAGAGAAGGGGUGAGAUUCAGACAGUACUCUCUCAAAUCAAGAAUCAUAUUCAGGAUGUACGAAGAAUGCUAAAUUCCUCCUCUGUGGACUACAUAUCAGUAUCAGGGCAAGAGUCAUUUUAAUGAGCAUUAUCAUGCACUCUCUCAAGCUGUGGGUCAUCUAGCAACUGUGGACUGUGUUUUUUCUUUGGCUGAGGCUGCCAAACAAGGAGAUUAUUGCAGACCUGUCAUAAUAGAUGAAAAAUCAGAAAUAAUGAUAAAGAAUGGGAAACAUCCUGUGAUAGAUAUGUUACUAGGAGAGCAACAGCAAUAUGUUCCGAAUGAUACAUUCUUGUCA